AUGGCAGCUAUUGCGCCGUCCUUGCAAGCCAAGGACAAUUCUCUUGAAAGAGAUAAGCAAUUUAUCUUAGCUUUGGGAGUUCUCGGAGACAUACAUAUGCUCCAGCAUGGCCUGUCCACGAGGAGAUGGGCAUGGCAAUUCUACGGUUUCGUUCAGUGGCAGCCACUCGUUCUAGUGCUUUGUCGGCUCUCCGUUGCAGAAUUCGAUGCUAUGGCAGAACAUGCUUGGAAGGUCGUCAUGACAACUUUGGAGACAUGCACAGAAUCCAUCAAGGAAGAACCACUCUGGCAACCGCUGUUUGAUCUUAUUCAGUGUGUGAACAGGAGGCGGCUCCAGCAAGUCAAGAGCAGACCAUCUGCGGAUAUUCGAAAACACCAUAACCCAUCAAAUUAUACGCGCACACCAAUAACCCUAGAACCAGAACCCGGUAAGAGUGGUGGGAGCACACUUCCAGGGAUGGUGCCGAACGAUCUUCCAAGGUCUGAGCAAGAUUACUUGCCCACUGCACUCUCGGCAGCAAGUACGCCGAGCCUAGAAUGGCGCUCCCAGAACUGGUUUUUGACGCAAGGAAACAACCCAGAUAUAGUCAUGGGAGCCAUGGAUGCCAUUACCAGUAUUUAUCAUCGUGAAGAGGAUCAUCCACCAACGGGGUUGGAGCAAUCAGCGGGUGGGUCACAGGAGCAGAACAUGACUGAAAAGACAUCUGAGAAUGUUGAAUCUUCUAAAUUGGCUCAGUGGGAUGAAAUUUUUAACACCAGUGAACAGUCUGUGUUAUGGGAUCAGUGGGCAUUUUGA